UGUUACAAAUAAUAGACUAUAUACUGUAGAUGUUUAAGAUGAAUAUGUUUGUGUUUUUAUUUAUGUAUGCCAAGUUAUUUUAUUUUGAUCCACUAAGGCAGUAUCAAUAACUUCUCUCUAUUUCUUCCUCUCCUUCACCAUGUUCCUGUAUGUGAGCUGUUAAAUGUGAGGCGGAAGCAAGCAGCUUGCAGAGGAAGACACACACCUCCUUCUCUAAAAUGAUACAGGAAACAGAAACGUCAAGGUUGAGCUUACUGGAUUCAUUGAAGAAAAUGAGGAAAUCUACUGAGAGUGAACUAGUUGAACGGCUCGGUAAACACUGACGGAUAAACACUUCAGUCAAUACCAGGAGAGGAUUCAACGGCGUAUUAAUAUGUCUAAUGAGAAAUCUAAGUUAACUUGCGUGAUAACUGGAGGAUGCGGUUUUCUCGGGCAGCACCUGUUGAGAGUUUUGUUGGAGAAGGAAGAAAAUAUCAAGGAAAUAAGGCUUUUCGAUAAAAACGUUUACCCAAGUCUACAAAGUCACAGUACAGAGAAUGUGAAGGUGGUGGCGGUACCGGGAGAUAUAACAGACUAUGGGAGUGUGCGUGAUGCCUUUCAGGGAGCAGACCUGGUUUUCCACACAGCUAGUUUGGUUGAUGUGUGGUAUAAAGUCCCUGAGAAGGCCAUCUAUGCUGUCAAUGUACAAGGGACGGAGAAUGUAAUAAACGCAUGUGUGGAAAUCGGUAUUCAGUAUUUGAUCUAUACAAGCUCCAUGGAGGUGGUUGGUCCAAAUGUAAAAGGAGAUACAUUCAUCCAAGGGAAUGAGGAUACUCCAUAUAAUAUAUUCCAUGAGAUGCCCUACCCUAAGACCAAAGCUGCAGCUGAGAAAAUGGUGCUGGGAGCCAAUGGCACAAAGGUAAAGGGAGGGAACACUCUCUACACAUGCUCACUACGGCCAACAGGUAUCUAUGGGGAACAGCAUCAGCUCAUGAAGGACUUCUAUCUGAAUGGGGUGCGGACAGGUGGUUGGUUGAUCAAGGGAGUUCCACGGAACACAGAGCACGGAAGGGUCUAUGCAGGGAACGUGGCAUGGAUGCACUUGCUAGCAGCACGUGCUCUGCGGGAACAUCCCGAUAGGCUGGGUGGGGAUUUUUAUUUCUGCUAUGAUGACUCCCCAUACAAGAGCUACGAUGACUUCAACAUGCAGUUCUUGUCGGCCUUCAACUUUCGCUCGUUGCACGUGCCAGUGUGGGUGCUGUGGUUCAUAGCAUGGAUGAACGACCUGAUACGCUGGCUCCUGAAGCCGUUCUACAACUACACCCCACUGCUCAACGGAUACACACUCGCUGUGGCCUGCACAUCCUUCACUGUCUGCACAGACAAGGCGUUUCGUCACUUUCACUACCGACCGCUCUACAGCUGGGAGGAGUGCCUGGCCCGCACACAGAGCUGGGUCAACACGUUCCCUUUAGAAACCCGCACUAAGGACACCUAACAGCUGCUUCAGUGUCAGGAGGACAGUUUUCAUAAACGCAUCCGUGUCCAAAAAUGAAAGAUGAGAGGUUUUGUGACCGUGUGUGUCAAGCAUGUGUCAUGACUUUUCACCUGAUGAUGAACAUUUGGAUGUUGUAUUGCAGUAUUCAGUAUGUGUUUUGAUAUAAGUACACGUAAACAGAGCACCUCUUAAUCAUAUAAUCACAGUUGAUAUGAUCACAGUGAACUAUUAGAUGAAUAAAAACGUUUUAAUUAUUGAUGUAAUAGUAACAGCUGGGAGCAUAAUCUUUACAUUACAUACAAGCACUUUCAUGCAAAAUGCACAAGUGAGGCUAUUUUGAUAGUAAUCCUGCAAUACAAAGCAUAUUGUAUUCUGUUAAUCUGAUAGCUGAAUGUAUUUUAUCAGUUAAGUGUUAUGUAAUCCACCACAUAUAGGUGUAUAUUUAUACAUUUCUUUGUCCAAAUCAUUUCACAGAAACAUUUCAUAACAUCACUGUUAUAUAGACAAUUAUGUGCUAAUGAGCACAAGCAUUUAAGUUAAUUGUUUAUUAAAAUAUGUAAUUGUUUGUAUGAAACAUUGCUAAUUCUUCCGUUAAAAGAAUUGCAAAACAAAUUAAACUAUUAUAUACACAAGUAUUAAGCUUUUUU